CGAUGGGGGAUCUAUUUGAUAUCGCAAAUCUAAUUACAACUGUCGGUGUUGAUAGAAUAAAAAUUAAGCCGGAACCUGGACUGCCAGAAAAAUCUUCAAAUGAGAUUUUAACAGAAUUAUUUAGCACAUUCGAUGCUGCUGAAGAAGAAAUAGUAUCGUCAGAAAAUGUUGAUCAACAAGUUUCAAAUCCAAAUAUUGAAGUUGAAAAAUCUUCUAAAUCUCAAUUCAAGAAAAAAAAGACCAAGAAAAAACAUAAGCAUAAAGAUAAAAAACAUAAAAGAAAGUCGAAACGAAAUUCUUCUGAUAGUAAUAGUGAUCUUGAAAGUAAUAUUAAAAUAAUAUUAAUAACUAGAGAAAUAGAUAUUAGGAAGAAAAGAAAACAUAAAAAGAAAACAAAACGAAGACAUGAAGAUCAUUCAAGUAAAUCAACAGAUUCAGAUGAACCCAGAGCUAAAAUUUCAAAACUUGAUACAUGCAACAAUGUAAAAAAGAAAAAUAAUAAAGAUAAUGAUUCGGAAAAAAAAGAUGUAGAAAAGUCAGAAAGUUUUGAGAAAUUGAUAAUUAAAAAAAAUCCAGAAUUGGAAAAUAUGUUUAAAAAGGAACCUGAUAGUCCUCAAUUGCCACCUAUUUCAAAGAGGAUUCAAGAUGAUUCUGAAGAACAAUUAAUAUCUAAAGUUCUUGAAAAAUCAAAGCAAGGACAUCAAGGGAAAAUAUUAAUAAAAGAUCUUAGAAAUAGUGCAGUUUAUAAUGAUACAGUUAGAGAAAUAGAAAACAAAGAAAAAGAAAAGGCAGCUCGAAUGGAAGAUGGUGAAUUAUCUGAUAGUAGUACAGAUAAUAAAACUCCAACAUUAAGUCCUAGUCCAAUUCGUUGUACCUCUUUGAGUCCAACUUUAGAGAAGGUAGAAAAUAGAGUAUUAAGUCCUAUAAAAGGAGAAGUAACAGCUAGAAAUGAUUUAAGAUUAAUUUUGAGGGAAAAAGAAAAAAAAAGAUUAGGAGAUGUGGAUAAAAGGUUAGAAGGAAUAGAAAAAUCAAAAUUAUAUAUGGAUAAUGAAUACAAACAAAAAGCAUAUAAUUAUAAUAGUAAAAUUACAAUAAGCAAAGAUAACAAACAUACUCAUAAUUGUCAUUCUCAAGAGAAAAGAAGAUCUGAAUCUCGUACACGUGUGAGUUCACAUAGAAGUAGAAGCAAAGAAAGAGAUAAACGAAGAGAUAAAAGCCGAGAUAGAUACAACAAAAUUCGAAGUAGCGAUCAGCGAGAAUCUUUGAAAUGUAGAGAACGACGAAGACACAGAAGUCGUAGUAAUGAUAGAAGUAGAGACAAAUAUGUACGUGGACGAAGUAGAAGUAGAGAACGAAAAGAACGGAUAGAAAUCGAUAAAAAAAAAUUGUUAGAAAUAGCAAGAAGAAAUGCAAUAAAUAUGAUUAAACAAGGAACAUUACCAUUAGUGCAACAAGAUAAAGCUAUUGCUGCAAUACAAGCUGGAGGAAAAACAGUAGAUGAACUUACAGAUUUUUGUAAAUCAUUAUCAAAAUCUGAAGCAUUAGGAGAACUUUCAAGUAUUUCUUCAGAAGAAGAUGGAAGUGAAUCUGAGAAAGGUUUCCAUCAUCCCUUUUUACUUAAAGGGCGACCUAAUUCUAUUAUUAUGAAUAUUAAGGAUGCAAAGCAAUUACCAACCAAAACAUUCCAAGAAAAAACAAUAGAAUCAUCAAAUCAAUUACGCUUACAAUUUCCUGUAUCAAGUGGACAACAUCACAGAAAAAGCGAAAAUGAAUGGAUACCAGUUACUCCAAAAAAAACAGAAAUAAAAAAACAAUUUAUACCAGCUUCUGUCCCAACUGAAUCUUUUGCUGUAACAUCAACUACAUCUAUAUAUCCAGUGCAAUCAACAGUUUUUUCUCAUUCAAUAACAACAGAGCCAAUAGAUAUUGGUUCAAUAGUAUCUCAAAGAUUGGCAGCAAUGAGAAAAUUAAGAGAAAAUCCAAAUGAUGUAUGUGCUCAAAAUGAAAUGUAUAGAGCACAGAAUGAGAUGAAGACUUGGGCUGAAAGUAAACAAAUACCAGGUCAAUUUACUGGCAGUACAGGAGCCAAAGUACUUUCACCUGCAGAGCUCACUUCAGGUUAUCAAGCCUGGGCUCGUAAGAAAUAUUUAAAAACAUUGAUUACAUGAAAUUCAUUUAUAUAAUGGGCUCUUGUGAGAUUAUUGCUAAUUAUCAUCAGCUUCCUAUCACAGGACUUCAUCUGCAGUUAGUGUAUCUUAUGUUUAUAAAGCUGGGAUAUUUAGCAUUAGUCUGCAUCCACCUGAGGGUUUGUUACAGGCACAUAGCUACAUCAGAGAAGAAACAACUUCAGCGGCGUGAUGUCGAAUUUAUGAUUUUUUUGGACCAAUUAGUAUCAGCACAGCCUGUUUCGGGUGGGAUGGGUAUGGCUUUACUUCAGAAGAUGGGUUGGCGACCAGGGGAGGGUUUGGGAAAAAAUAAAGAAGGUACUCUUGAGCCCUUGCAGCUUGAAGUAAAAUUGGACAAACGGGGCCUCGUUUCCGAGCAAGAUAUCGGACAAAAAAUAGGAAAAGCGACGAAACCAUUAAUACCAGCAAUUAAAACGUUGGAAGGGAAACAUCCUGUAUCAUUAUUGGGUGAAUAUUGUUCAAAACGAAAACUUGGCGCGCCAGUUUAUGAAUUAUGUUUUGAAUGUGGACCAGAUCACAGAAAAAAUUUCCUAUUUAAAGUAAAAGUAAAUGGAAUUGAAUACAAACCAAGUGUUGCGAGUCCAAAUAAAAAACAAGCUAAAGCAGAAGCAGCACAAAUUUGCUUACAAACUUUAGGAUUGUUACCUGAGCCUAAUUCUAUGUCUAAUCCAAAAUGUUAAAAUUAAAGUGAAAGACUACUUUCAUUAAAAAUAUUAUUCCUUCAAAAAUGAAGGAAAAAAAAGAAAUUGUAAUACACUGUACAAAAUUGUAUAUUUAAAAAAAAUAAGUUAUUUUGUUCAUUUCGUUGUAUAUAUAUACUGUUUAACAUUUCAUUUUUAUUAUUAAAAUUUAAAUAUUGUUAUUUUAAAUGUAAACAUCAAUGGAUAUAACAUAAAUGAAAUAAAUAAAACAUGAAUGUCA